GUUAGUCAGGCAUUCCAGAUAGUGGUUCUUUUCAGAACCUUUUUUAAAGGGUUGGUUAACUACCUCAGUAGCAGAGGAUUGAACUAUACCCUGUCUGUACUGUACAUAGAAAAUCUUUGUAGAUAAAAGCAAGGCUUGUUUAUAUGAUAUGAGGGUAAGAUUAUAAUAUACCAAAUGUAACAUUCUUAGUUGCCUUUAGUUUCAGAGGCUUGUAAGACUUCCUCAUGACCAUCAUAACAGGCCUUGCUUUUGUCGUAUUUUGUGGCUGAAAAAGCAGCCUUGCUUCUUCAGAUAUUGUAGUUAUUUGGAUGUAUAAUAGUUUAGCAAGAUGUUACUUUUGUAAGACAUCAGAUGUUCAAAAAAGUGCAUCCGCAACUUGUACUAAAUACUGCAGUGUCCCUUUAUAAAAAGUCAGACUAAAACUGACAGUUGUACAGUGAAGCCUGACAUUUGGAUAUUUUGAAGUUUUUCAUAAAUCAUAGAAAAUAGUAUAUGGCUGUAGUUUAGCUUUUUAGGUAAAAGGUAUGUUUUCAUUAGUGCAUUUCUUACAGCUGAUCACUGUAAAAACCAGAAUCAGCUUUCCAUUUCUUACGCAGAUCAUGAUAACCUGUAGAGUAGAGUACAAUCAUUUGUGCUAUGUUUUUAAUUUUCUAAAGCACCUUGAUGACAGUGAGUGUUCAGUGGUGAAGCAUCCUCUAAUGAAUCACCCUCAAAAGAGAAAUAAAAUCCUUCCAAGUCCUAUCUAGCUAAAGGUAAACGCGAAAUUAUAAUUUAAUUAGGACUUGCUAUAAAGAGCUUCCCUUUUCCCCCUUCCCCAAAGGGAUACUGCAGUUAUACCACAUACCCAAUAGGCACCACAAUGAAGAUCAGAGCUUAUACUUAAGGUUUUAUACACACCAGUUCCCCAGUAAAUGCAAAUUUAACAAGAAAAAUUAGACAUGUCAUAUGUUCAAAAUGCUCAUGGCAAACAAUCAUUUUGCAUUCCUGCAAAUAAAAUUGUUUUAUACUGUAAGCUGGAGGCGAGUGUAACUUAUUUUUGUAAUAAAGUUUUUAUUUUUUUUAUGUGUCAUUAAUAUAAAUGUGUGUUAGUACAGAGAUCUUCUGGUUUAAAAACUUAGAAUUGCACACAUUUCAGUAUGUUUACUUGUACUUACAUAAUUUUAGAAUAGUGGUUGCCAAUAGCCUGUAUGUUUCACAUUAAUUGAUUUUUUUUUUUAUGUUAUCUUAAUAAACCAUUUUAGUAUGUUGUAUGUCAAUUACUGGGAUAGCUGGGACAUAAAGUGUAAUUUUAAAUUGUCAAUAAGUAUUCGUUGGAAUAUAUGUAAAUGUGCCUUGCCGGUUAUUGAAACUAACCUAGAAAACAAGAGUGGGUGGCAAAAUUAGUUCCUGGUGCUUAAUGAAACACUUUUCCUGCCACUAAUUUUAUAUAUUGCCCCGUGCUUUUUAAAAAUUCAUCAUUUUCUCUCAAAACUUAGUGUAAGUUUGAGGGCUACAUCAAUAAUUGUUACAUUUUAACAUGAUGAUAGAUAGUAUAUUAGGUUUAUGAAAAGUGAGUGAACUAGAUGUAGCCUUCAUAUCUGAUUCUUAAUGUAAUCCUUGGUGCUAGCACUUCCCAGUGCCAGGGAGUUAAAUUAUCCCAUGAAAGAGGUUAUUGCCAUGCUUUAUUGGCACUUUACUGUCAUAUAGUUUAAAGGGACACUGUCAAGGUGUUAAAGUUAAAUUUCAAUUAUAGAAUUAUUUGUUCUGGGGUUUUGGAAAGGAUCAAUGUCAUUUAAUAGAUCUCAUUGCCAUGAAAUUUAAGGGUGAACACUUUUGUAGACUCACAAAAGUGUUCUUAAAUGAACAGUUUGCUGGAUUGUGAAAACAAUUUGGCACUCUUCAUUGGGGCAAGAGGGAGGGUGAACUGAUCCUUACAAGGGGAGUCAGAAUUGGUGAAUAAAGCAUUUUUCUCACUGGUAAUGUAAGCAGUGGUUUUGGAAUAAGAUAAAUAUAUAUAUAUAUAUAUAUAUAUACACACAUAUAUAUAUAUACACACACAUACAAUUGAAAUUACUUGACAGUGUUCAUUUGAAUAACUGAAUUCAAGCCAUUAUAUCUUUUAAAAUUAAAUAUGAUUUGCACUGUUCUGAUAUGGGUGCAGUUUUUGAGCAAUAUAAUCAGAGCUAAAUAUGCAUGUGGUAAUUAGUGAUAAUGUGAACAAUGAAGUUCUGAGAAGAAAUAUUAACCAUGGUAUUUUCAAACUUAAAUUUAUAGUAAAAUCGGUUUCAAAUACUAAUCAAAAGAUUAAGGAAAACAGGCAAUGCAUAUAUAAACAUAGUUUGAUUGUUAACAUGACCUAUAAAGCAAUAAUAUCUGGAAUGUGAUGGGAAUAUGAGUACUGGAAAUGCAAGUUUCUAAUCUUUUAGUAUUAAUGUCAACAUGUCAAGGGAAUUGUUCAAUAAUGUAGGUUAUUGCUAUUUGUGCUUUUGUUCAUGGGUUCUUGGCUUUGACAGUCUCAAAAAUGGACAGAGUGAUUAAAAUUCUGUCUACACUGACAAGGAAAAGUGGGGUACCAUUCCCUUGAAAAAUUACCUUCUUAAAGCACUCUUACCAAAUUUGAAAUAAGAUGAGGUUUUGUUACUAGAAAUUACAGUUCAAAACGAUCGCAAAUUUAAUUUAUUCUCAUUUGAAAGUUAGCUAGUGUGUCAGGACAAAUUCUGAAUAAUAUCCAUGUCUGUUCCCAAAAUUGUCAUUAAGAUGUGAAAGAAUUUCCACCUGCUACUUGAAUUAAAGUAAAAAGAGUAAGGGAAAGUGACAAAAUCAAAAUUAUUGAAAUAGAAGUCAUAGUGAUUUUUGUACAACCAUCAUCAGAAGCCUUCCUGCUAAGUAUUGGCUAAAAUAGCAAUUCUGCUAUUGUCUAAAAGGCAACUUCUCUGAGUUGUCUAGACACAGUUGCAACCGGGAAAUACAGAAAGGGUUUAGUGUGAAGAACUGAGUUUUUUGCAAGUUAUUAGGAUUUGGGUUACAAAAUCUUCAGUUAUUUGGCAUAGUGAUACAUGUGAUAUUAGGUGUCAGAUUUAUAGGACUUUGAUUACUUGGAGAACAACCUUUUGACUGCCAAGCUAAUGUCACUUAAUCUAUUGACCCUCCCUCACCCAACAGUUAUGAACCACCCUUUACAUUGUGGGAGGUAAUCAGAUGUAUUUUGCAAUUAUCGAAGGGAUAAGUAAAAGCUCUUAAAAUAUUGGGGUGGGGAGAUUGCAAUGGCCUGGAGAAAAAAACUUUGGCCUUAAAGUAUAUAAAAGCAUAGUCUCCAAGAAAAUUCUUCAGUAGCUACAGAUUGCAUUACUCUUAACAUUUGUCUGACCUGCACCAUUUGAAUUCAGUGGUGGAUGUGAAAUUGGUGAGUAACUAAAUAAUUUACAACUUAGAUAUUCAGUAGUAAUAAAAAUUAUGAGAUGGUGUUUCAAAGUGUGGCACAGUGGUAAAUUGAUCUAUAUUUUUCUUGCUACUCAGUGGAAUAUGCCACUGACUUUCCAAAGACUGUUCAGUAUCAUUGUUGACCUGUAAAGCAAAAUCCCUGUUCCAUAUUAAAAAGAUAAUUGUAUUUCUCUAAUAAGUAUUUACAAAAGUGACGUAGGUAUGGCCAAUCUUGAUACCGCACACCCUCUUACUAGGAACUCGGUGUCCCUAACUUUCUUAGCCCUUGAAACAUUAUUAGGAAACAAUUUUUUAAAAAGUGUAGUAUUACAACCAAAAUUUGGGGCUAAGAAUAAACUCUUAAAAUGAUUGAUAGUAUUCAUCAGAUGGAAACUCUUGGCAGUCAGGCAAUGAGAAACAAAAAACUUGUACUUGAAUAUAUAUAUUUUUAUUUCAGAAACAAUCAGUUCUCAGUAUAAGUGGUAUUUUCUAGUUAACUAUAAGGGUGACUGGAUUUUUUCACUUGUUUCUAUAUUAUAACCCUCUUCCUUCAAUAUAGAAUCCUUGAACUCGAUCUAGUCAGUCUUUGGGUUUUUUGAUUUGCAUUAGAUGUGUGAAGUACUGUCUUCUGCCAAAAAUCCUCAAAUUACCUGUUCUUUUAAAUUUAGUGGGUUUGUGCUUGUUUUGAGACUAGUUUAAAAAACAAAAAAAAAAACUUGUACUAUUCUGUACUGCCUCUGAUGUUAAGAGUUUGUGUACAGCAUAAGGAAGCUAGCUCUGACUAUAUUUUCCUAAGAAUAAAGACCUAUUUUUGUA